CCAAGGGACAAAGAAUUUGACCCGCUGUGUUGAUUUUGGUUAAAACUGGUUCACGUGGUGCUUAAGAGACGUUGGCUGGGGGGCGAGAAGUGGACGUCAGCGAAGGCUUUUUGGUUACAAAAUGAGGGCUUCUUUGGAGCCAGCAGACAUUGCCAUUGUGGCCCUGUACUUCGUGCUUGUAAUGUGCAUAGGUUUCUUUGCCAUGUGGAAAAACAAUCGGAGCACCGUGAGUGGCUACUUUUUGGCAGGGCGUUCUAUGACCUGGGUAGCUAUCGGGGCCUCGUUGUUUGUGAGCAAUAUUGGAAGUGAACAUUUCAUUGGGCUCGCAGGAUCUGGAGCGGCGAGCGGAUUCGCCGUAGGCGCGUGGGAGUUCAACGCCUUAAUGCUUUUGCAGCUUUUGGGAUGGGUCUUCGUGCCAGUCUACAUCCGGUCGGGAGUGUACACCAUGCCCGAAUACUUGUCCAAGCGGUUCGGAGGGCAUAGGAUUCAAAUCUAUUUUGCAGCGUUGUCUCUACUUCUUUAUAUCUUCACCAAACUCUCGGUUGACUUGUAUUCAGGGGCGCUUUUUAUCCAAGAGUCCCUAGGGUGGAACCUCUACCUGUCGGUGAUCCUGCUGAUCGGAAUGACGGCGCUGCUGACUGUGACCGGAGGGCUGGUGGCCGUCAUCUACACGGACACCCUCCAAGCGCUGCUUAUGAUCAUCGGGGCCCUCACACUCAUGAUCAUAAGCCUCAUGGAGGUCGGUGGGUUUGAAGAAGUGAAAAGGAGGUACAUGUUGGCGUCACCAAACAUCACCUCCAUCCUCCUAACCUACAACAUCUCCAACACCAACUCCUGCAACGUCAGCCCAAAGCCCGACUCCCUCAAAAUGCUGCGCGAGCCGACGGACGAAGACAUUCCCUGGCCUGGAUUUCUGCUGGGACAGACCCCGGCCUCAGUGUGGUACUGGUGCGCCGACCAAGUCAUAGUGCAGAGAGUUCUGGCUGCCAAAAACAUCGCCCACGCCAAAGGCUCCACCCUCAUGGCCGGCUUCUUGAAGCUGCUGCCCAUGUUCAUCAUCGUGGUGCCGGGGAUGAUCUCCCGCAUCCUGUUUGUGGACGACAUCGCCUGCAUCAACCCCGAGCACUGCUUCCAGGUGUGCGGGAGCAGGGCCGGCUGCUCCAACAUCGCCUACCCGCGCCUGGUGAUGAACCUGGUGCCCGUGGGGCUGCGCGGGCUCAUGAUGGCCGUGAUGAUCGCCGCCCUGAUGAGCGACCUGGACUCCAUCUUCAACAGCGCCAGCACCAUCUUCACGCUCGACGUCUACAAGCUCAUCCGGAAGAGCGCGACCUCCCGGGAGCUCAUGAUCGUGGGCAGGGUCUUCGUGGCCUUCAUGGUGGUGAUCAGCAUCGCCUGGGUGCCCAUCAUCGUGGAGAUGCAGGGCGGGCAGAUGUACCUGUACAUCCAGGAGGUGGCGGAUUACCUGACCCCGCCGGUGGCCGCCCUGUUCCUCAUGGCCAUCUUCUGGAAGCGUUGCAACGAGCAGGGCGCUUUCUACGGCGGCAUGGCCGGGUUCGUCCUGGGCGCCAUCCGGCUGAUCCUGGCCUUCUUCUACCGCGCUCCCGAGUGCGACCAGCCGGACAGCAGGCCCGGCUUCAUCAAGAACAUCCAUUACAUGUACGUGGCCACGGCCCUGUUCUGGAUCACCGGGGCCGUGACGGUCGUGGUGAGCCUGCUCACGCCGCCGCCCACCAAGGAGCAGGUGAGGACCACCACCUUCUGGGCCCUGUGGAAGCGCGGCGCGCCGGAGAGCGCCGGCAAGGGGGAGCUGUACCAGGCGCAGGAGAAGAGCAUCCUCAAGUGCAACGAGAACGCCAACCACAUCAUUCCCAACGGGAAGUCGGAGGAGAACAUUAAAAACGUGAAGCCGGAGGACAUCAACCUCCUGGUGACGUGCAGGGAUGACAGCAACCCGGUGAUCUCGGUGAGCCACUCCGAGGUGGAGACGCCCGUGGAUUGUUAUUCCAACGGACAGGCGGCCCUGAUGGGGGAGAAAAAGCACGAGGAGGAGGAGGGGACUGACAACAGGGCGAGACAUUUGAAAUUCAUAGAUUGGUUCUGUGGCUUUAAAAGUAAAAACGUAAACAAGAGAGUGGUUCGGGAGGUCGAGGAGGAGACUGUUUGUUUACAAAUGCUGGAAGAGACUCCAAAAGUUAAACUAUUACUAAAUACUGGACUGGUCUGUGUCUGUUCGCUUGGAAUCUUCAUGUUUGUCUACUUCUCUUUGUGAGUGAAUAGUGAACUUUUAAGGGUAUGGCUUAAACAUACAGAAGUUGAUACAGGUCUCUGGAGAUUUUUGGUUUUUCCUUUCUUUUCUUUUCAAACAACAUAACCACAACCCAGGCAUUGUUUACGCUAUAAUUGUAAGAUCAACUCAGCUUUAGCCUAUUUUGAGACCAUUUGAGAUGUGUUGUCCUCCCUCUGCUGAAAGCAGAACCUGUCCUGUGGUGGCUUUUUCGUUUUUCCCUUUUGUGUUGUUUCUUUUUUUUUUGUUUUUUCCAUUUGCAGCACUAACCUUUUGUUUUUCUGUGUAUAAAUAUACCAAAGGCAGGCAGGUGGCUGUGUUUGAAGUCAGGCAGUUACAGCUCAGUCAGCAUUAAGUGAAGAUAACAGGUAAUCAGUUACCAGUGUGUAAAAUCUGAGUGAUUAAAGCUGUGUCAAAAGAUUUUUAGAUGCAGAGCUGUGAUGCACAUUUAUAAAAACACUGUAUUACCUUGGCCAACUUAGCACUUCUUAAUUGCACUCACUGCUUUCUUUUCUUUUUUCAGUUUCUCAUUUUUCUUCUGGCAACAACAGGAAGCUGUUUUGUCUCAUUUUACAGCACUUAAAACAUGAUAGCUCUUAGCAGCUUUCUGCCUUUUUUUUUUAUUCUUUGUAAGGAAAUUUUGUCUUUUCAUUUUUAUCCACUGUAAAUUCCACUGCUGAAAAGUUUCUG